AUGAAUCAUAUCUUCUUGUUGUUCCCGAAAAACGGAACCGGUCUUCUACAUUGCUAUCAUUCAUCGGAAUUGGAAAUCAAAUAUUCCGAGGUGUCAUUAGCACGCAUUAUAGCUCAAAUGACAAGCAACUUUUAUAUCAUCCACAGUGGCAAUGAUGCAUUGCAUGCUGCAGAAACUCAAUCACUCAUUAACUCAAAUUAUCGGAUUAAAUGCUCCGGGUUGGUGGGAAAUUAUGGGAAAAUAGGAGAAAGAGAUAGAGAGGAUGAGAUACAUAAUGAUAAAAGAGUAAAUUGUCCAUCCUAUCUAUUGCUAAUAACCCAGAUAGUAUUAACAGUAGUAUUUGUGGCAAUAGCAGUUAAUAGUAAUAGUAAUAGCAGCAGCAGCAAUAGUAGUAGUAGUAGUAACAGUAAUAGUAGUAGUAAUAGUAGUAAUAGUAGUAGUAGUGGUAGUAGUAGUAGUAUUAAUAGAAAUAGCGACAGUAACAAAUUCCUCUUGCCUAAAUUCCAUGGUUCAUUUACCGUAAUCCUUAUCCGAUGCAUUAUUUAG